AUGGGGUCCCAAAUAGAAAUAGUGUUGGGCUUCGCUCCAAGAGGAUAUCCGAGAUACUUAGUCAGUUCUUUACUCCACCUGCAUCUGAAAAUAGUAGCAAAUAAAUCUGGAUCCGGAACGUCACCCACAACAUACAUUAAUGAAGCCCAUUUCAUAAAAUCUCUGAUAAAAAAAUGGAAUGCACACGAUUUUGAUAGCCAUACCAGUAAUUUGGAGGAGAUUUCUCAAAAAGUAUUUAGAGCUCAUUUCGGCCAACUCUCCAUCAUCUUUCUUUGGCUGAGUGGGAUGUAUUUUCACGGUGCUUGUUUUUUCAAUUAUGAAGCAUGGAUAAGUGAUCCUACUCACAUUGAACCUAGCGCCCAUGUGGUUUGGCCAAUAGUGGGUCAAGGAAUAUUAAAUAGUGAUGUGGGUGGAGGUUUCCGAGGAAUCCAAAUAACCUCGGUUUUUUUUUUAUAG